AUGUGCGUCAAAACAAGUGCGCCUCUUCAUGCCAACCUGUUCAUCGGUCUAUUUGUCAGUCUAUCUUCGUUUUCUUUCUUUCCUUCAGCCAUCUAUUUAUGCCAUUCUGUCCAUAUCUAUCUAUCUAUCUAUCUAUCUAUCUAUCUACUGCAGUCUUUUAACGUCUAUCUAUCUAUCUAUCUAUCUAUCUAUCUAUCUAUCUAUCUAUCUAUGUCAUUCUGUCUCUAUCUAUCUAUCUAUCUAUCUAUCUAUGUCAUUCUGUCCGUAUCUAUCUGUCUAUCUAUCUAUCUAUCUAUCUACUGCAGUCUUUUGACGUCUGUUUGUAUGUUUAUCUAUCUAUCUAUCUAUCUAUCUAUCUCAACCUGUUUAAACUUCUCUAUCUCUCUAUCUAGUUCUCUGUAUAUCUAUCUAUUUAUCUAUAUCUAUCUAUCUAUCUAUCUAUCUAUCUAUCUAUCUAUUUCAAUCUUUCCAUGGUCAUAUCAGAGCGUUUCUAUAUUCUAUCUCACUCGACCAUUCAAUAUUCGUCUUUAUUUUUCUUGUCCGAUCCAUAUCUAUCGAUCCGUCCCGACCCAGCCGCUUCUGUUCCCUGACCUUGCACUUAAGCAUCGCAUUCCUAUCAUCUUCCCAAACCGACCCAUGCACCCGACUUUUUUUUCUACCCUUUUCUCGACCCUUUCUGCUCCGCGUCUCCCUACUUUCUGUCCACUUAACCAAUUGCCAUUCAUAAUGAUAUCAUCAAAUAUCCGACUUUGA